UCGCGUCGCGAUAUUUAUAAAUAUUUAAAAUGUAUGGUUUAAGUACACGAUAGUGUUCCGAGUGUUUUAAAUAGAUGAAGCGGUCUUUCCGUGUCCAUAAUUACGUCUACACAUGACUAUUUCAAUGCUCGGAAAAUAACGCUCAACUAUUAUACUAUUUGAACGCAGCAAUGGAUAAGAUCACAUUCAGUGUCAACGGCAAAAAGUGUGAGGUGGGCGGCGAUGUGGACUCAGACGUGUCGCUAAACGACUACAUCCGCGAGCGGCUGAACCUGCGUGGCACUAAGUACAUGUGCAAGGAGGGUGGGUGCGGUGCGUGCAUUGUGGCGGUCAGCACUGCCGAUGACACGGCUCCCCGCGUCUUUUCCGUCAACUCGUGCCUGGUGUCAGUGACGUCAUGUCACGGCUGGCAAGUCACCACCGUGGAAGGGCUUGGCGAUCGCCGCCGCGGUUACCACCCUCUACAGCGGGCGCUGGCCGAGCACAACGGCUCGCAGUGCGGCUAUUGUUCGCCCGGCUGGGUAAUGGCUAUGUACGGUUUACUAGAAAGUAGCGAUUACAAUUUGACGCAACGUCAAAUUGAAAAUUCGUUUGGGAGCAACGUUUGUCGGUGUACCGGGUUCAGACCUAUCCUCGACGCUUUCAAAACUUUCGCCAAGGACGCGCCCAAGCCUAACGAGUACGUCACAGAUAUUGAAGACUUGACCUGCAGACGAGGCGGAGGCGACUGCACCGGAGAUUGCAGGGACUGGUGCAUCGUGCAGAAACCUAACGACGAAGCAAAAAUUAUCAAGAUCAAGUUGAAAGACAACAGAAUUUGGUAUAGAGUGAAAGAAGUCAAAGAUAUCUUUGCUAUUUUGGAACAAGAGGGUGACGAUUCGUACAUGCUGGUGAAUGGAAACACCGGUAAAGGUGCCGUCCCGGUGUUCGAUUUCCCGCGAGUGCUGAUAGACAUCCAGCCCGUAGAGGAGCUGAAGGGCUACUACGUCGACCAGAACCUGGUGGUUGGCGCUGGCAGCACCCUUACAAACUUCAUGGACAUAAUGCUGACGGUAGCGCAUCAGGAAGAAGAGUUCGGUUAUUUGCUCAAGUUGCACGAGCACCUCGACUUAGUCGCGCAUAUUCCUGUCAGAAACAUCGGCACUAUCGCUGGAAAUCUCAUGCUAAAGCAUCGACAGCCAACUUUUUCUUCCGACGUUUACUUGCUGCUGGAGUCAACAGGGGCUGUGCUGACUAUAGCCAGUAAGGAAUCCGUGACGGAAGUUUUGCCAGAACAAUUUCUACAUUUAAAUAUGACCGGGAAAGUGAUUACUCACGUAAAAUUACCACCGCUAUCGCACAACUAUGAAUUCGUAUCUUUUAAGGUGAUGCCUCGGUCCCAAAACGCACACGCAUCGGUGAACGCCGCAUUCUUAUACCAGUUUGACCCUCAUCGGCCAAACGAGGUUGUGUCAGCGCGUAUCGUGUUCGGUGGUCUCUCCGCGUAUUUCACCCAUGCCUCGCACACUGAGCAACUACUCAUAGGCCAGAACCUGUUCACUAACAAGGUGCUACAAGAAGCCCUCCACACCUUGGAACUAGAGCUAAAGGUCGAAAACAUAGCCGGCGAGUUGACACCGGAGUACAGAAAGAAGUGCGCGCUUGGCUUAUUUUAUAAGGGCUUGUUAACGAUAAUUCCUCAACAAAGUCUGAAGCCUUGGUAUCGUUCAGGAGUGAGCGACCUGAGGAAGAGCAGACCUUUAUCUAAGGGCACUGAGGUAUACGACACCAAUCCGGACAUUUGGCCUAUCAACGAACCCAUGCCCAAGGUAGAUGCUUUGAUCCAGUGCGCGGGUGAAGCGAAGUAUGUUAACGAUUUGCCCACACAGCAGGACGAAGUCUUUUGUGCUUUUGUUACAUCUGAUAUUGGCACCGGAGUAAUAGAAGAAAUUGAUCCAAGCCCAGCGUUGAAAUUACCUGGGGUAAUCGCCUUUUUUUCAGCAAAAGACAUACCAGGGAUCAAUUCUUUCGUAUCUUUGAAACAGGCUGGUGCGUCGGCAAACGAAGAAUUAUUUGCAGAUAAAAUCGUAAAAUUUUAUGACCAACCACUAGGGAUAGUGGUGGCUGAUUCGGAAAAAUUAGCCAAUAGGGCUGCUUUGCUUGUGAGAGUGAAAUACAGACAAGAUAAACAUGGACCCCUGUUGACGAUUAACGAAAUCCGAGAACAGGAUCCAAGUAGAGUCAAUUUGUAUGUCGCUAUACCAGCGAGAGACCGUGGGAGUAACGUACGUAAAGUGAUCAGUGACUGUCACAACCUCUACUGGCAGUACCACUAUUCGAUGGAAACGCUAGCGUGUGUCACUCGACCGAGCGAUGAUGGUAUUGACGUAUUUCCAGCAACUCAGUUUCCAAGCUGGACUCACCUUAGCAUUUCUGACCUUUUGAAUAUUCCACAAAAUAGAAUCAAUCUCGAAGUAUCUCGUUGUGGAGGUGCAUACGGUAACAAAAUUUCACGUGGUCAUCAGGUGACAGUGGCAUGUGCACUAACAACGUAUCUGCUGAACCGACCGUGCCGAUUUGUGUCCAGCAUCCAAUCGACUUUGCGAUCUACUGGGAAACGUAAUCCAUCUACUAGGGAUUUUGAGGUUGGCGUAAAUGACUUAGGUGAGAUUCAGUACUUAGAAUAUCAUUACUAUGCGGACAACGGCUACGUUGUGAACGAACCUCUUAUUGGAUUUGCUGGUCCAGCCAUCCGGAGUUGCUACGACAGUCGGCGAUGGUCAAUCAAGACAUUCAAUGUUACCACAGACACCCCGUCUAAUUCGUUUUGCAGAGCACCUGGAACAUUUGAUACUAUAGCACUGACUGAAUAUAUAAUGGAGCAAAUAUCUUACGUACUCGAUAAAGAUCCUCUAGAAGUCCGCUUAAACAAUCUUAGUCCAAACGCCCCUGAAGUUAACGAAAUGAUACAAACCCUUGUAAAGGAUGCAGAAUAUGAAAAACGAAAGAAAGAAGUUAAAGAAUUCAAUCAAUUGAACAGGUGGAAAAAACGGGGCCUGAGAGUUGCUCUGAUGCGAUGGCCAGCUGGAGUUAUAGUGGACUAUUUAGUCACGAUCUCUAUCUACCAUGGAGAUGGCUCUCUAGUAGUCAAGCACGGAGGAGUGGACAUAGGGCAAGGCAAAAAUACCAAAGUAAUUCAGGUUAUCGCUUACACCUUGAAUAUUAAGACGGAUAAGGUUAAGGUGAAGCCAACAGAUGUUGCAUCAAACCCUAAUACAUCUGUCACUGGAGGUAGCACAUCUACUGGUGCCGUAUGUUUUGGUGCAGUAAAAUGCUGCCAAAUUAUUUUAGAUAGACUUGCAGCUCUCCGCGAAGAACUCAACAACCCUACGUGGGAGGAGCUGAUACUGAACGCGUAUCUCCGAGGUAUCAACUUGCAAGCGAGUUAUAGAGUGACUCCAAACGACAUCACGAUUCACCGAUCAGGAGGUGCCGCUUUUGCAGAGGUUGAGUUGGAUAUUUUGACUGGUGAACACGAAAUUAGAAGGGUCGAUAUAAUAGAAGACGUAGGAACAAGUCUAAAUCCCGAAAUAGAUAUCGGUCAGAUCGAGGGCGGAUUCGUGAUGGGCGUGGGGUACUGGACGUCAGAGCACCAGAUUGUCGCACCGAGUGGCGAGGUGCUCACUGAUCGCACCUGGAACUACCACGUGCCGCUCGCGAAGGACAUCCCGAUCGACUUUCGCGUGCAGUUACGUAGGAACUCAUUCAAUCCGACUGGCGUCAUUGGUGCGAAGGCUGUUGGUGAACCUCCGACGACGAUGGCGGUAUGCGUGGCAUUCGCUCUGCGGGAGGCGAUAGCGGCCUCUCGGGAGGACUCUGGUAUCCCUCAGACGCAGUGGUUCAAUGUCGAUGGGCCGUAUACGCUGGAAGCGAAUGUACUGAAGGCCAAUGCUCAUCUCGAGGAGUUCUUGUUCAACUGAGUUCUCUUCUUUGUUGUCAAAGGUGAGACGUACGAGUAGUGAUUGUCUUGGGAGAGCAUUAACUAUCCAAUAAGCCUUAUCUGUUGUCGUAUUUGUAAAUGUAUGUUUUGGAAAAGGUGCAACUUUUUAUUAUGUACUAAUUGGAGGGCAUCGAGUACGUUUUCGUAAUUAUUUUUUCGGAUCUAUAUCGCCUAUAUUUGUUAUUGAAAAAAAAAACCAAAUCUAUGCGAUUACAUUCUAAAAAAUAGUUUCGUUUCCUAAUUGGAUGGUGUUCUGCAUAUUUGUGUUAACCCACGAAACUACAGUUUUGAGA